UUUUUGUUUUUUAGUUGUGGUUCUAAAUUUUGGAGUUUUUAGUUUGUUAAUUUAUUUUUGGUUAUGGUUAUAAUCGAUUAACGUUUAACUCUGGAAUUAGUUUUACAAUAGAGAUUUGGAUUCCAAAUCCUUCUCGCCUUCUUCCAAAUCUCAUUGUAAAUGCAUUUGUGGCGGGAAGGUUUAGAGAUUUUGUGUAUUACUGGGAAGCUACGGAAGGAUUUUGCGAUUUUCGACUUUUUUUUACGUUAAUCGACGAUAUCCUUGCAUCGAGCAGCAUUGUUUGUAAUUGUUGUUGAUCGAGCUCCAGCAAUUUGUAAAUAGGUUUAAUUGUUAAUGGAAUCGUCGGACUCCAGCAUGUUCGACGUUCAGAAAUUCUGGCUCUACCAGACAUUUGCGCGUUAUUACGUAGUGGGAAGAGGUAGGAAGAGAACAGUGUGGAAGUUGUUUUCAAUUGACAGAAUGGAGCCUUCUGAGCUUAACAUUUUUGAAGAUCAUACAACCUAUACCACAGAAGAGUGCUUCGAUCUUCUGAAAAGAAUACAUCAGGGGAACAGGUCUAUGGGUGGACUCAAGUUAAUAUCUAUUGGCUAUGGAAUAGUCGGAUUCAUAAAGUUUAAAGAACCAUACUACAUGCUGAUGAUAACAGAGAGAAAGAAGAUAGGGUCCAUGCUCGGGGCAAAAGUAUAUAGCGUUUCUAAGAGCAUGAUGGUUAUAAUUCCAAAUCCUGUUGUGCGCUCUAAACUGGCUUAUUGCAGUACCGAGAAAAGAUAUCAAAAGCUUCUUAACUCGGUAGAUCUCACCAAAGAUUUCUUUUUCAGCUACUCAUAUAAUGUUAUGCGUAGCCUUCAAGACAAUUUAAAUAGAAAUAAAACAGAUCAAAGUGUUUAUAAAUCAAUGUUCGUGUGGAAUGAAUAUUUAACUAGAGGCAUUCGAAAGCAGCUCAAGAACAAUAUCUGGACAGUUGCUUUAGUGUACGGCUUCUUCAAACAGAUUAAACUUUCCGUAUCUGGCAGGGAUUUUGAUUUGACUCUCAUUGCCCGACGUUCACGUCAUUACGCCGGCACUAGAUUUUUAAGACGAGGGGUAAAUGAGAAUGGAAAAGUUGCAAAUGAUGUUGAGACAGAACAAGUUGUUAGUGAGGAUAGAGCUGAAGGACGAACAGUGCAAAUAAGCUCCAUCGUGCAGAAUCGAGGCUCCAUUCCAGUUUUCUGGUCCCAGGAAACCUCGUUAUUGAAAAUAUUCAAUCCAGUUGUUAUAAUACCAAAGCAAGAAGAUUACAAAGCCACAAAACUUCACUUCAAGAAUCUUGGCGACAGAUACGGAAACCCUAUAAUCGUCUUAGAUUUAACAAAGACGCGAGAAAAGAAGCCUAGAGAAACUCUACUGCAUGCAGAAUAUGUAAAUGCUUUAGGAUGCAUCAAUGCGGAGCGUUUAGAGGAAAAUCGUCUAAAAUUUCUUCAGUGGGAUUUGAAGCAACACUCAAGAUGCAAAGCUAUCGUGGUGUUGUCAAAGCUAAAAGAAUUGACGAAGUUAGCAGUGGAAUUGAAUGACACAUUCCAUUGUCAAGUGACUCGAAGCUCACCAUUAGAGGGCUCAACUCGACCCUAUCUCGAGGAUGUAAAUAUUAGCGAGAAUGCAAAUAAUGGUAGAUGUAAUGUAAAAAUAAAAAGGUUUCAAAAGGGAGUUCUGAGGACGAAUUGCUUCGACUGCUUGGAUCGAACAAACAUCGCUCAAUAUGCUUACGGGCUUGCGGCUCUAGGAUAUCAGCUUCAAACUUUUGGGUAUUUAGAAUCCCCAGAUAUUGAUCUGGAUGACCCUCUUGCAAGGCACUUGAUGGAUAUUUAUGAGAUUAUGGGCGACAAACUUGCUCUCCAAUAUGGUGGUUCACCUGCCCACAAUAAGUUGUUUUCUGAGAGAAGAGGACAAUGGAAACCAACGAUCGAGUACGUUGAUAUCAUUAAAACUUUUCAAAGAUUUGUAAACAAUGUGUAUAUGGACGAAGAGAAACAGAACGGCAUUGAUCUGUUUUUGGGGAACCCUCCCCCUCAGAAACGCAUGCUCGUGCUGGAUCCUGUCAAGCAUAGUAAAUGGAGAUCCACCAUGAAAAGGUCGCUUUCAGACAGCAAUAUUUUCGUGGAGAACGACAUUCUCGCAGCCAAACAACUUCUGCGCCAAGAAUCUAUGGGACAUAACAAAUGUCUCGUAGAAUUAAUGCCAGAAAUCCCAAAUUAUUGCAGAUACACAAGCCCAGAAUUUCCCGAGGUGGUUUCCGCUUCUGAAUCCAUGGAUUCUGGUAACGAAGAAAUAGAUCAAGAAAGAACAACGUCGAGGUUUCUAAUGGCGGAUUGGUAUUCGGAUUCAGUUUAUUCAUGCGAAGAGGAACUAUACAACAAAAUUCUGAGCUUCUCAAGUGAGAAUGGAGAAGAUAAUUGUUUUUCGAUGUUUGAUUUUGGGAGAUGGAUUACACGGGGAGGCACGUUUUACCUUUGAGCUCUCUAACCACAACUUUUAACUUUUUACCUUUAACUUUAAUUUACCUUUUACCUUUAACUUUAAUUUUACCCUUACCUUUACCCUUUUACCUUUCCCAGAGGGUGUAGUGUACAUAAUACAGUUGUAAACAUCG